UCUUGUCAAGAGUGACUGAGGGAGGUAACUGUAGGCGCUGUUAGGAGACAAAUUUGCUCGAAAGCUGUGAAUUUGAGGAGUUUUUUCUUCCGUCGACUGUUAAGUAAGAGUCGCCACCGAAUGACUUUGAGUUGGUGAAGUGAACGAGCUUAAAGGACUGCUUUUUGGAAGAUGUCUCCCAUACUUGUUCCGACGUAGGGGGAGUGUGCAGCAGCAGCCAGUUGGCUUGACUUGCUAGCUAGCUCGGUGAGUGGAGGGCUGUGGGCCCUCCUCAGCCUGAAGUAGCUCCCACAGCUGGGCAGCACUCUCUGUGACAACGACCGUUUGACAACCGGGAUAGAAGCUGGUCAGUCCAGACUGAGCUGAAGUUGAGAGUACAGGCUGCUGUUUCGGGGUCUAAAGCCGUAUUGCUGGACAAGACGAAGUGUGGCGUUGCGUUAUGAGCUCAUGAAACGCAACAGGAGACCGAGAGAGGAAGAGGGAUGGCGUAGAUUCAUCUUGAUUACAGUUAGCUAGGUAAAUAGUGCUGUUUAAUAUGAUCUGAGCUGUUAGGGGCUGUUUUUACGGAGGAUACUUAUAGCCAUACGGGACUUGGACUACGGCUGUCAAUAUGUCGAAAAUGCCGGCCAAGAAAAAGAGCUGUUUCCAGAUCACCAGUGUGACUCAGGCCCAGGUGGCUGCUAUAGGUGCCACGGACGACACGGAGAGUCUGGAAGACCCGGACGAGUCCCGGACUGAGGAUGUGUCCUCGGAAAUAUACGACGUGUCUCGUGCUGAGUACGAGCCCGCGUGCGAUAGAAGUUCAUCAGAAGAAGCCCUGAAUAAUGUCGGAGAGCCAGAGGCGACCAGUGUUAUGGCCCCAUCACACAUACCUCAACCUGGCCAGCUGCCCGCGCUGUCCAGUACCCCCAUCGGAGAGUUUCGAAAAGUGGGAGUGUCUGGCUCAGCUCAAGCCGGUCAGCAGCCCCAGGGAAUCGGCGUUACAAGUGGGCUACCCCUCUCCACUCAGCCUGGGGCAGUGCAGCAACAGUCUGCUCCAUCCGGUGUGUCAGUAAACACGUCCCUACCUGCUGCAGUGACCAGCAGUGCAGCUCCUCCUGCCGCCUCCACGGUGAGUUGUUCUUCACGAUUCAGGGUCAUCAAACUCGAUCAUGGUACUGGAGAACCCUUCAGAAGAGGCAGGUGGACAUGCACAGAGUUUUAUGAGAAGGACUCUGAUAGUUCUGCUGUCAGUAGGACUGUAGAUAGCAUCAGGCAUGCCAAUGCAGCACCAGACCCUGCGGCAGACAGAGACAGUGGGCUCGGGCUCACAGGAGGAUCUGUGGUUGCCCCGGCAACACUUUCAGGUCAGGGCUUGGGUUCGAUGGCGGAUUCUUCUCUCCCAUCAUCCCGCAUGCAGUCUGUGGAUACACUAUCGCAGCAGCAGCAGCUCCAACACCAGAACUACAACCCCCGACAGCAGGGUGUGAGUGGGUCGACCUUGCAGAGUGCUUUCUCCAGCACCAAGCCCACAGCGCUUCCCCCUCAGCCCGCAGUGGGUGGUCUCCAGCCUCCUGCCCCUCAGAAUGUGCUGCCUGUUGGUCAAAAUGGCCUGUCUCAGUCCAGUGUCAAUCUACAGAAGUCUCCUAUCAUGCCACCCUUAGCCCAGCCCAUCCCUUACCCUCCUCAGCAGCAGCAGCUUCCCCUUGGACACCCCAUGAGCAACCAGACAUCUGGUCUGCUACAGAACCAGACCGAGUACUAUCAGCAGCAGUCAGUUCUUGGUGCUGCUCAGUCCCUCCCAGUGUCCAGCAUGUCUGCAGCACCUGUUACGGUCUUGCCUCGACCCUCUGGUGGGACGCCUGUGCCAAGUCAGGUUGGAGAAGUUGCAGGAGGUGGAUCUGUAUCUUCUGGACAGCCAGGUCCAGGCCUUUUGCAGCAGACUGGUGGAAUGGGAGCUGUGGGAGGCUCCAUGCUGGUUGGUGGAUCCACGUAUACACCCGCUGGACAGCCUCAACCCCUCGGCCUCCACCCCACAUCCUCCGGUGUACAAAAUGUGCCUGCCAUCGCAGCCAGCUCCAGUGUGCCCACCACUGUGCCCGCUGCCUUGCCCAGUGCCUCCAGUGCAGCCAUGCCAAAUGUGACAACCUCCAGUUUGCCUCCAGGUCAGAUCCCCCUCAGCAAGACUCCAGUAGGUCUAGGGGCCCAGGGGCUCCAAGGAGCCGGGUUUGGACUUGCAGAGGGUGGCGGAGGGAAAUCAGAGGGUCUCGUCAACGCACAGUCUCCUGUCAUCUCUGGAAAGGAAGCAGUGAAGCCCUUCAUGCCUGAGAGCCUGCAGCUCGCCACGCCAACCGUCAACAGCCUGUUUGGAAUCCACAUACCUGUCGACGGGGAGGUGGACAGGAAUCCCUCCAAGGCUUUCUACCAGGCCUUCCAGUCUGGCAGCAGAUUAAGGGACUCAAAGGCCCACAGUGAUAGAGCCUCGGGAACCAAUGUUGCUGCCAUUGAUAACAAAAUAGAACAGGCAAUGGACCUGGUGAAAAGCCAUCUGAUGUAUGCAGUGCGUGAAGAGGUGGAGGUGUUAAAGGAGCAGAUCAAGGAGCUGUACGAGAGGAACUCUGUGCUGGAGAGGGAAAACGCCGUGUUGAAAUCUCUGGCCAACAGCGAGCAGCUGUCUCAGCUGUCCUCCCAAUCAGCCCCCAGCUCUAGCACCACACCACCCCAGCAAGGACUCAGCCAGCCUCCGCCCCAGGCCCAGCCUCCUCUACAAGUCCAGCCCCAGCCUCAGACGCAGCAGUCCCACCCCCAGCUCCAGCACCACCCCAAACCCCAGCAGCUCCAGACUCAGCCUCAGCUCGACCCCAGCCAACAGCAACUGCAACCCAACGUCACCUCCGCUUGAAGUGCAUCUGCCUGCUUCUUAGAGGGCAGAAAAAAAGAAGAGCAUCUUCUCUGCAACCUAUUAAAAAAUUAGUGUAUGUGAAAUAAAAAGAAGAAAAAACUCUUUGUCUUCUUCGCCACCAGCUUGACCACAAAGUACAGCUCGCGCGUGAGUGUGCGUGUGCACGGUGUGUACGCAGGUAUGACUGUGAAAUGUAAGCGUGUAUGCAUCUGUACUGUGGGCCUUUCCAGUGUUAAUGCAAUCAUCAGAGAGCGAGUGAGAAAGACUUGGAUGGAGGAGAAGUGUGUGGAGAUUGGACUGUGUCAGGAGGUUGUUCAUCUUGGCUGUUAUCCCAGUACGGGUGCCUGCUGGGUCCUAGCUCGUGGACGGGACGUCUCCUCUUGGACCCAUGCCACGACGCUGACCUGCUCAAAGCGAGAGUGUGGAAAGGGAGGGGGUUCGCCUCACAUAAGGGACAAACAGGAGUGAUUGUCUAAACAGAGAGUGAUUAUUUUUUUAACGUAAGAUAAAUGAGGGGGCAAAAGGGUAUUUUUAGCCUUGCUGUUUCAUGUUGUAUAGAAAGAAGUGGGAGAGAGUGAAUCUGAUUUUUCGGAGCGCCACACCCGCUGCCGUUACUUUUUACAUCAAGUCCAACUCUUGCAUCAGUCUUUUGAGUUCUACUGUUAAGUGUUUUAUUUAUUACAGGGCUGCUAUUUUCACACAUGAACAGUCUCAUGUCACCUGUUUAACAGUAGCCCGGCGACUAGUUCCUUAUUUUCUAUUAGUGUUUCAACAUUUUGGCCAUUCUUCCCUGAGGCAACGCUUUAGAUUGAAUUGUUUAAAAAGUAGGCAAAGAAACAAAAGCUGAAUUCUGACAGAUGUUUAACACUAACUCAAAUUCUUCUCUCCAAUUGCCAAUUCUUACCGAAAGUCAAGAUCAGCAUGAAUGUAUAUUAUUGUUUUGUAAAAGUAUUAAGAGCCUUGGUGGGUGACUCCACCUGUUGACAACAAAUCUUAACGUGUGCCUGCAGAUGGCAUCUGGUGAAGGUUCAAGUGAAUUAGUGUUGCCAUACCCCCCUCCUUCUUGUUUUUUUUUCCUCCAUUGUUUUCCUGAGGGGGCUGGGGGGGAAAGCUGUGAAAUCAUUCAACCUACUUUGUAACCAAAGAUGCAAAGCUGUGUAAAUUUGAUUAUUUUUAAAUGCACACCUUUUUUUUCUGGUUGUUUUGUUACUUCCUCCUUCACAGAAUAUUUUGUUGCUGUUCAGCAUGUUUUGCAUGAUCUGUAAUCUUCAAACCACUUUCUUACCUCAUUUUUAUUCAGCACUCUUAUUGUAAGAUAGUCUGUGAACAGUGUAAAUGGGCGAGGGGGGAUGGGACAAUGCAGAGCAGAGUGGGCGGAGAGAAAAUUACCUAGUGUUACUGACACUAGUCACAGAAAAAUGAAGUGAGCCAUGUUUUGUUCAUUUAAAUGGUGUUUGAAUUUCAUAUGCCAAUAGUUUUGUUACAUUGCAAAUUUUAAUGUAUUUAAAUAAAAGCAAUAUUCAGAUUCCAA